AUGUGGGACACCUUGCUUAUUCCCAAGGCCGAUCGCAAGAAGAUCCACGAGUACCUCUUCCGCGAAGGUGUGCUCGUGGCCAAGAAGGACUACAACCUCCCCAAGCACGGCGACAUUGACACCAAGAACCUCUUUGUCAUCAAGGCUUGCCAGUCCCUCACCUCCCGUGGAUACCUCAAGACGCAGUUCUCCUGGCAAUACUAUUACUACACUUUGACUCCCGAGGGUCUGGACUACUUGCGCGAAUGGCUUCACCUGCCCGCUGAGAUCGUCCCCGCGACACACAUCAAGCAGCAGCGCAGCCAUGCUCCUCCACGUGGUAUGAUGGGUGGUGAUGACCGUGAGCGCCGUGGCGGCGGCCGUGGCGGACCCCGUGGUGAUCGUGAGGGCGGAUAUCGUCGUCGUGAGGACCGUGGUGAGGGUAAAGAGGGUGGUGCCCCUGGCGAGUUUGCGCCUACCUUCCGUGGUGGCUUUGGACGUGGACGUGGAGCCCCCCCUCCGGCCUCUUGA